UCGGCCUGAUGUUCCCUACUGCCCGAAUAAUAUUUCGCAAUCCAACUGCACGGUUCACGCUCGUGGGCGCCGAGUCUGUCGACCCCGCUAUAUGGGGCGACUUAUGCGCUGCGCAGCAUCACGAUCUGCCGCGGUGCGUUGUGCAGAUUGUGAACCGCCUCAGGACCUGGUAUCCAAAUUUUUGGAAUGCCGAGGCUAUUGCGACUCUCCCAAAGCGCAUUGCUAUGUACACUCUCGACGAGUACACGACAGUGCUGGGCGAGGCGCGGUACAUUUUGCAUUCCCCGCCCACAUAGUCUGAUUCAAUUGGGCGAUGACAAUUCCGGGCGGAAGCAUCAAUCUAGUCGGAGGACACACGUAAUGGGAUCAUCUUCUCCGCUACUCCUACCGAUGCCAUCAGCAACACCACUCGACGCCGACACGUACCCCCACAUCCUUGACGGGGUGCUUGCGCAUUCAGACUACUCCGCCCUCCUUAUCCUACGGCGCGUAUCUUGGUCGACAAAAAGAAAAGCCGAUGCAAGGCUCGCUCAGCAUGUCAUCCUGCGCAUGCCUGGCUUCGGUCCCCCUGUCUCAACGGGCGAGCGCUACCUGCGCGAAUACGAUGCAGCGUUCUGUUGUGACCGCGUGAGAAGCUUGACAGUGCUCUCGUGCGCGCCUGGCACGCCGACGUCGGCAUGUAACGCCAAUCUCCUGCUCUCCGAACCAGGCAAGUCAUUGGGUUCCCGGCCCCUAGUGUUGAGUCCUGGCACGGCUGGGGCGGCCUACAUCGCUCGUUUUCCUCGCCCUGUGCUACCGCACGCGCCACGACUGCCUGGUAUGAUGCGCUGGCGUGACGUUGCAACACCCGAGCAAGAGAUGCGCGCCGAGCGCGGCCUGCGGGUAGGGGUGGUCAUGGACGUGUGCCUGCUGGACUCUCGUCGGCGAGCGCGCAAAGCAGCGCUGGAACGAUGUCUUCGCGCAAUCGAAGGCGUGCGCGUGGUUGAGGUGCCAGCGCUGGAAGCCGCGCAUCUGGCGCGCGGUGCGGGAUUCGGCUCCGUCGAUCUACUAGGUGUCCUCAGGCCUGAAGUGGUACGAUAUUACUCGGCGUGGGGUCCGGGCCCAUAUAGCUACGACGGCUUUCCACAUUCGCGACGGCGCGUGUUGUUUGCGCCCCUGCUGAAAGCGGAGGAGGGUAGAGGAUGGUUUGUACCGACAGGUGACAUCCCCGUGGUUCAUCGCGAGACUCCCGCGUCAUCGUCAAAGCACAUCGUUGUUCACUUCACCGGCGCAGCGGCUAUCCCUCCUGGUAUCUCAAUACCGCAGCAUGUUGAUCGCAGGACGAUGGCGUCGGUCAAAAUGGUGCUUGUCUUUUCCGAUGUCGGAGGGGGCGAUGCGGCAAAGCAGAGUGGCGAGAUGACGGGACCCUGGCACAACUUAAUGACCGGGGCCGCAGCGCCGAGCGGCGAGGAGGGGUUUGGAGAUGACGAAAUCGGGAGAGGUAACCCGUGGCUGACCGCUACAGCUGCCUUAGUAGCGUACCUCGUCCGAGGCGAGAUUACGCUGGUGGAUGCGCCCCAAGUCUUGGGCCGAAGGACGGAGAUACUGGCGGCAUUGGAGACGGCCGCUAUGCAACUGCGACACGGCAGUGCGCCACCAGAUCCCCUUAGGAACGGUGAAGACAGCGGAUUCGCGAGCAUCCGCUUGCUAUCCAAAGACGAGUACCGUACGGAGGUUGGCGAGCGGAUGUUUGCACUCGACAUGGUUGGGCUGGCGAGGGCGUGAUAGCUGGCGUCGCGGCGGCUGUGACUAGCUGCGACAUGAGAUUGUGGUGGUUUGCUUG